CGCCGAUGGCGCGCGCGGGGUCGGCACGCGCCUGUCACGUGGCUUCGUGUGGAGCAGCGGCUCCACUUUUAUUGUCGAAAUGAAAUAAAAAUGUGUUAUAAAGUGAGGCAGUGAGUUAAAGCAAGUGUUUGUUAGAAAGAGGAAGACGAAUCCCGAGACAAAGGUUGUGGAAGCGUGUGACUGCAGCCUGACAGCGACUUUCACUUCUCACUUUUGGAGGAGAAACAGAAGUAUCGGUUCAUGUGUGAGACCGUGAUCCGGUUUUGAAGUUUUGGAGUGUGAUCGGACCCACUAGGACUGCAGUACAUGGAGCUUCACAGAAGAUCCUCAACAUGAUCGCCUCACCGGACCUUUUGGCCUUUACGGUGGCUCAGGACAUUGUGGAAGCAGAAGAGGACCAGGAUGGACUUUGUCUUCCUGAAGAACUCUCCGUCCCCCUCGUCCCUCCUCGGCACCCGUGGGAGUCCAACGCCUACUUCCACAGAGACUUCAUCCUGGUGGCCGAGUUCUCAGAGCAGGUGGGACCCAAACCCGUGCUGACGAUACCAGACGACCCCAGAGUUGUCGGGUCAUUUGACCUCAACCACUUCUCUGUCCGCAUCAUGUCUGUAGAUUACCAGGCAUCCGGCCCCGCCCACUCCACUUUUGCAUUCCCCGGCCCACGCCUCAACUUCAGUGAGGACUCCAAAGUGAUCCUGGGAGAUUCUGCGGAAGACGCCUUUGCAUACGUUCACCACCUGACUCUGUACGACCUGGAGGCUCGAGGAUUGGUGCGACCGUUCUGCAUGGCCUACGUGUGCUCAGAUCAGGCCAAACUGAUGGAGAAUUUCACUGAAAUCUCAACGGGCUUCUCCCUGGCAUCCGACAGCCUCAAGACGGGAAACAGGCAAGCCUUUUCCGUGGAGCUGCAGAGGAAACUGCAAGAGCUCGAGUGCACUCGCUUGACUCUGCAGCAGGAGGCGGGGCUUUUGAGGACAACCAAUGGCAUUACAGGAUUCGAAGAAAAAGCCGAGGACUUGGAGACUGUUGAGCUCUCCAUCUCUAAUCACAGGGAACUCCUUCGCCAGGUCACCUCCUUUCCAAACAGAAAGCUCAAACGGCCUGACUUCCUGCCCUACGAUCCAGCCGAUGCCCUCUCUGAUCCGGCGGAGCUCUGCGCCUUCCUCCCCGGCUCAGCCUCUUCCUGCAUGUUUCAGCACCGGCUCAAGCCACUGCAGAAGCUUAGCAGUGGCUACUUCCUAUCUCUGAUGUUAGAGCAGCUCGCAGACACAGAGCAGCGCCUGCGUGGCGACAGAAGUACACUGCGCACUGCUCGCACCAUUCAUUCGCUGUCGAGGAGGCUCACGUUGACCAACUUCUUGUUUGAUCUGUGGAUUCCGGGUGACAUGGAGGAAGAGGAGGAGAGAGAGCGCUCAGAGGCAGGACUACAAGCGGCGACAGUGAGCAAGAGAGGCGUCGGAGCUGUUCGUAUGGAAUCCGUGAACAUGGAGUCAUUCUGCUCCUGUGUAAAGGAAAUCCCAAUCAAAAUGGAAGCAGGAAACGAUGGAACAAUGACCCUUGACUCUAAUGGUUUCAUGGAGAUGAUAGGGAGCGUGAGCAGUAGCGACAGCAUUGAAGUGUUGGGGACGGAGAAGUCUUUUCGGACACAGCAGGUCGUUGCCGGUCCCGACACCAGAGAAAUCCCUGCUGGUACCACAGACACCUGUGUCAAGCGCGUAGACCCGGGCAUCAGACGUCUGCGAGCGUACGCGAUACGAGCCAACAGCGAGGACAGCAUCGAAGUCCUCAGCACCACUGAGUCCAUCAUUCCCGAAGACCUCACUGCCAUCACAGAAGAAGAACCAGAGCAUCAGUUUCUAGCUAGCGGCUUCCAGGCUGCGGAGGGACCACAGACACAGCGUAAAUAUGAUGACAUCACUGAAGAGGAGGAGCCGAUGCAAGAGAAUGAGGUCACUGUCCAAGAAGAACCUGCUGAGAGAGAGGAGACCUUAAAAACAGAAAGUAGGAGCAGCGAGGUCACGACCAGAGAGAAACCAGUACUGCAGAGUCUGAAGAGGAACCAAGUCCCCGACCACCACAGCGUGGAGACUGAAGCAGCGGUGGAGCUGUCGAAGCAGCGGUCCAAUCAUCACAGCGUUGGUACAGUACAUUCAGUGCCCAGCCUUCAAAUGAACUUGACUCCGCCUGUCGCCCUGGCUGAGGUCAGUCAAUGGCCUCCACCCGGCGCCGUCAUCCGACAGCUGAGUGCCGACGAGGCAUCAGACUGCACCAGCUUCACCAGCUCCUCCGACACCUCUCCUCCCACCCGUAGGUUCCAUGGCAACACCCAUUUAGACAGGAGGAGAAGGAAGGGUGGGCACAGAGCCCUCAGGUUCCUGAAACAGAACUCAUUUUCCCAGCAUGCAGUGUUCUGUCUCCUGAGCGGUCGGCCGCUGGUGGUUGUCGGAGGCGAUGAGAAGUCUGUCAGGAAGCUGGUGGACACGCUCAGUCUCUUCCUGCCUUGUCCUGGUCUCGACAGAAAGGCUGUGAUACCUUGUUUGGCCACGCCCCUUCAGCUGACCGACCUCCUGACCCUGCGGCUCAUUGGCUUACACCGAUCACCUUCCACUUCUUCGUCCACCAUGCUCCACUCUCUGGCUCGCUACAGUCGAUAUCUGGCCGUGCUGGACAUGGACCAGAGGACGCUGCGCUGUCCGUCCUACACGGGUGUUCUCAUCGGGCGACUGGCGGAUCCUCGCUCUGGCUUUACUCGCGGCAGCACCUACUUGCUUCAUCUGGAAAGCUGCCUGACCGCGUUAGCCAACCAGGCUCUGCUGCACACGUUCACUUCCGUUUUGCACCACCUCGAUGUAGCUAAAGAUAUGGACUUAUUGUCACAGGGGCUCUGCAACAGUGAGGAUGACAUGAAAGUGAUGGAUUUCCUGUCUGACCUCAUCACCCAGCGACACGCAGGACGUGGACCUCCAAUUUUAAGAUUCUCUUAUAAUUCAGUGCACCUGCACAGAAAUACAACUGCAACAUAGCGACCGUGAGUGAACAGUCCGAUUAAGUUCUGGAUCAUCAUAC